AUGGCGGGAUUAGCAGAAUCUAAUGGAAAGAUAGAGGCAAAACCCCCUAUUCUCUUUCUUUCUUUCUUUCUUUCUUUUUUUCUAUCUAUCUAUCUAUCUAUCUAUCUAUCUAUCUAUCUAUCACAGUCUCUUCAUUCUAUCUAUCUAUCUAUCUAUCUAUCUAUCUAUCUAUCUAUCUAUCUAUCUAUCUAUCUUUCUUCGUUAUCAAUCUAUCUAUGCUCUCCUCGUUAUCUAUCUAUGCGUUUGUCUGUCUGUCUUUCUCUCUAUGUAUAUCUAUCUAUCUAUCUAUCUAUCUAUCUAUCUAUCUGUCUGUCUAUCUAUCUGUUUACAUCUAUCUCUAAUUAUCUAUGCCAUUCCAUUUCCUUGUUCGUUAUCUAUUGCCUAUCUAUCUAUCUAUCUAUCUGUUUAUCUAUCUCAUCUAUCUUCCUUUUGUUCUAUCUAUCUUUUAUCUAUCUAUCUAUCUAUCUAUCUGUCUUUUCAUAUCUAUCUACCUUAGACAGUUCAUAUCUAUCUAUCUAUCUAUAUUUUAUUUUGUCUUCAUAUCUGUUCACAUCUAUCUCUCUAUCUAAUUAUCUAUCUCAUUCCUUGUUCAAAUCUAUCUAUCUAUCUAUCUAUGUAUUUUAUUCUCUCUUCACAUCUAUCUCUCUAUCUAAUUAUCUUUCUCAUUCCUUGUUCAUAUCUAUCUAUCUAUCUAUCUAUCUAUCUAUCUAUCUAUCUAUCUAUCUAUCUAUCUAUCCAGCUAUCUCUUCCUUUUCUUCUUCACCAUUCUCUGUCUUCUUCAUUUUUCUCUAUCUUCUUCCUCCUGCUCCUCCUCCUCUUCUUUAUCACCAUUCUCUCUUCUUCUUCUUCUUCUUGUUCGUCUUUCUCUAUCUUCUUAUUGCUUUUCUUCUCUUUAUGUUCUACACCAUUAUAUUCUUCUUCUUCUUCUUCACCAUUCUCUAUCUUCUUCCUUUUCUUCUUCUUCUUCUUUCUCUAUCUUCUUAUCUUCUGCUCUUCUCUUUAUGUUCUACACAAUUCUCUAUAUUCUUCUUCUUCUUCCUCUUUCUUCCCCUUCUUUUUCUUCUUCACAAUUCGUUAUCUUCUUCUUCACUAUUCAUUCUUCUUCUUCUUCCUCGUUUUCUUCUCUUUCUUUUUCAACAUUAUCUAUCUUCUUCUUGCUCUUCUUCUCUUUGUUUUUCUUCUUCACCAUUCUCUCUCUCUUUUUCUUCCUUCCCAAUCUUCUUCACCCUUCUCUCUCUCUUUUUCUUCCUUCCCUAUCUUCUUCACCAUUCUCUCUCUCUCUUUUUCUUCCUUCCCUAUCUUCUUCACCAUUCUCUCUCUCUUUUUCUUCCUUCCCAAUCUUCUUCACCCUUCUCUCUCUCUUUUUCUUCCUUCCCUAUCUUCUUCACCAUUCUCUCUCUCUCUUUUUCUUCCUUCCCUAUCUUCUUCACCCAUUCUCUCUCUCUUUUUUCUUCCUUCCCUAUCUUCUUCACCAUUCUCUCUCUUUUUCUUCCUUCCCUAUCUUCUUCACCAUUCUCUCUCUUUUUCUUCCUUCCUAUCUUCUUCACCAUUCUCUCUCUUUUUUUCUUCCUUCCCUAUCUUCUUCACCAUUCUCUCUCUCUUUUUCUUCCUUCCCUAUCUUCUUCACCAUUCUCUCUCUCUCUUUUUCUUCCUUCCCUAUCUUCUUCACCAUUCUCUCUCUCUUUUUCUUCCUUCCCUAUCUUCUUCACCAUUCUCUCUCUCUUUUUCUUCCUUCCCUAUCUUCUUCACCAUUCUCUCUCUCUUUUUCCCAUUCCGCUUCUUCUUUCAAUAGAGAAUUUCAUUAUUCAUAUUGCAAAACACAAUGUAGCUGAAAUAAUGAUGGCGUUAAACAUUAUUUCUUCUUCUUCUUCUUUUUUUAUUCUUCUUCUACUUCUUCUUUUUCUUCUUCUUCUUCUUCUCCUUUUUUCUUCUUCUUCUACUUCUUUUUCUUCUUCUUCUACUUCUUCUUUUUCUUCUUCUUCUUCUUUUUUCUUCUUCUUCUACUUCUUCUUUUUCUUCUUCUUCUUCUACUUCUUCUUCUUCUUCUUCUUUUUUUUUUCUUUUUUCUUCUUCUUCUUCUUCUUCUUUUUUCUUCUUCUUCUACUUCUUCUAUUUCUUCUUCUUCUUCUUCUUCUUUUUCUUCUUCUUCUUCUUUUUCUUCUUCUUCUUCUUCUACUUCUUCUUCUACUUUUUCUUCUUCUUCUUUAA